UACAAAAUCUGCACCGAAUGCAAAAAGCCUGUCUGUAACCUCUGUGGAUUCAAUCCUAUGCCCCAUCAAACAGAGUUGAUAGAAUGGCUUUGCCUAAAUUGUCAGACACAAAGGGCUGUUGGUCAUUCUCCAGUGUUGCCCAAAAAAGCUUCUGUGCAACCGCAUCAUUCAGGAAAAAGUGACUUUUCAACACCACAGAAAGCUUCUCCUAAAGCAACACCUCCACAGAAAGAUAAGAAAGCCAAGGACAUUCAGAAACUGCAGGACCAACAAGCUAAGGCAUCCAAUGGGACACCCCCUGUACACAAACCACAGCAGCAGGAAACUGAGAAACCUCAGGUGGAUGCAUCAAAGAUUAAGGAUGACUCAGGUUUCUUUGGAUUCGGUUUUGGUGGUGCUCGAGCUCGAUCCCCAUCUCCUCAGCCUGCUAUGUCUGCUGUGUCAGAGAAGGUUCUAGGCUUUGGCUCUUCUUUUCUCAGUAGUGCAUCAAAUCUGAUCUCAGCUGCUGUUCAGGAUGAUGCAUCCACCACACCACCAACUUCCCGUAAGGGUUCAUCAGUUUCACAUAUACCUCACAAGACUGAAUCAGCAGCAACCACACCGGUUACUUCCCACAAAGCAUUUGAACCUUCCCAUGAUGUAAUGGAAACAUCACAUCCACCUAAAUCACCUGCACAAGCAAAGAGGGGUCAGGAAGUGAUAAAACCUGGAACAGUUGGUAGAUCAUCCCAGCAUCUUCCUCAAACCUGUUUACUCUGCAAAACAGAGAUCAAAAAAGACCUGUCGAACUACAGCACCUGUACUGAAUGCAAAAAUACUGUGUGCAACCUCUGUGGAUUCAAUCCCAUGCCUCAUCAAACAAAGAUACAGGAGUGGCUCUGCCUAAGCUGCCAUACACAGCGAGCUUCGGACACAUCAUCUGUACUGUCUCAAUCACAAGCUAACAAAAUUUCCACAAACUCAUCCUCUCAAAAAAUGGAUGGUGCUGUGUCAGAACAUCCUCAGAAGGAGAAAGAUAUUCCUGAUGAAACCAUUCAAAAAGGCCAGACAGCUCAUGCAGUCAAACAACCAGAGGACACAUCCAUCCCAGCAGGGGAAAAGCAAGUGACUGUUACUCCCACAGCAAAUGAGAUUACUCAGCAGCAGCCUAGACUUCAAGAAGACACUGAAAAGUCCCAGAAUCAGACUUCAAAGACUUUCAAGGAUGAAACCCCCCAAGAAAAUUCAGGCUUUUUUGGCAUUGGUGGUGUGUGUACUCAGUCACAAUCCCCCCAGCCUGCUGCCUCUGCUGUGGCUGGGAAUGUCCUAGACUUUGGCUCCUCUUUCCUUAGCUCAGCAUCAAACCUCAUCUCAUCAACUGUUCUGGAUGAGCCAUCCACCACCCCACCAAGCACUCAGAAGAGUUCAUUGGUCUCUCAAAGUUGCACUGAAAUCACCACCCCACCUCAUUCCUCCCGUAAAGGCUCAGCAGUUCCUCAGAAAUCUGAAGUAUCUGAAAACUCUGAGAAAAGACAAACAGAAAAGAUUAAACCACAGGGUGAACAGAAUAAAAAAGAAACAAUACAAGAGGAAAAAGAUACAAAAAUACAUCAGGGAAAAGGCCCUUUCAAGCCAGAGCCACUGAAAGAGAAGGAGUCUCCUCAUGCUCUUCCCAAAGACUGUCCACUCUGUAAGGUGGAGAUUAAAAAAGACCCUGCCAACUACAGCACAUGCACCGAAUGCAAAACAAUUGUAUGCUUGUGCUGUGGAUUCAAUCCAACUCCACACAAAACAGAGGCAAAGGAAUGGGUGUGUUUGAAUUGCCAAAUGCAGCGAGCACCAGAUCCUUCUCCCGUAGAGCAUCAACCACAGGAUAAUAAAUUACAUCCUCCAUCGUCUCCAAAGCAAAAGAAAGACACUACAACUAAAGACAAAGAUAAAAAAGCACUUGCCAAUGAGAAACCAGAAGGCAAAAAAGAUGAUCCAGAGAAAAAACAGCCCUUGGGAAGCCCUGCAACAAAGCAGGCUACUCAGAAAGAGCACCCUAAGGAAGAGCUACCUGAGAAAGAUCAACAGACAAAAAAUGAAACAUCUGAACCUUCUAAAUCUGCACAUUCAAAGGAGGAAACAGGCUUUUUAGGUUUUAGUUUUGGUACACGAUCUCGGCCAACAUCCCCUCAGCCUGCUGUUGCGGGGAAGGUUUUAGGUUUUGGAUCCUCCAUACUCAGCUCAGCAUCUAAUCUGUUAUCUUCAGCUGUUCAGGAUGGGCCCUUUACAACUCCACCACCAUCCCGUAAGGGUUCUACAGUUUCUCAAACAUCUGAUAAGUCUUUAUCAACACCACCCAUGUCACGUAAGGGAUCUGAAGUUUCACAUAUAUCCACCACCACACCACUGACUACCCAAAAAGCAUCUGCCCAGGACUCUCCUAAGAUGAACCCUAUAAAUGUAACAAAACCACCAACUGAACAAAAUCAAGAGAAAACUUUACAAGAGAAGAAACCAGAUGAUGAAAAGCUUAGAGCACCAUCAUUAUCCAUUUUAAUGGAUAUCACAGAAUCAGAUACAACCAAAGGAACAGAACCAAUUCAGCCUCUCUCCAAAGUCUGCCCACUCUGCAAGAUGGAGCUCAGGAAGGAUCCUCCCAACUACAAUAUCUGUAUUGAGUGCAAGAACACAGUUUGUGACCUGUGUGGAUUUAACCCAAUGCCUGACCACACUGAGGUAAAACAAUGGCUGUGUCUGCAAUGCCAGAUGCUGCGGGCAUCAGGACCUCCUCAGCUAACGCAACCACAGCCUAUCAAAGUACCUCCACCAGUAGCCCCACAAGAGGAGGGUCAAGGUCAAUGUUCUGUACAAAGCCCCUCUCAGUUGCAGGACCUAAAAUCUCCACUACAGCAGGGAUCAGAAGAGGACACUUCACCUCCAAAGCCUAUUGUUUCACAAACUGAACCACAUAAAGACAAGUCAGCGUUCUUUGGUUCUUCUCAGCCUGCUGUCUCUGCUGUUUCUGUGAAGGUUUUAGGCUUCAGUUCCUCUAUCAUCAGCUCAGCAUCUAAUCUCAUUUCCUCAGCUGUUCAGGAUGAAUCCUCUAGAACAGCACCAACUUCUGAAACAUCUGUGACUUUUCCAACACCGGCUACUUCUCACAAGGGAGCUGCAAUUUCAGAUGCAUCUGAAAAAGUCCCUUCCAAUGUGGACGCAAUUUCAACGCAACAGCUACAAGAAAAAAAAGCCAGGAGAAAAACAUCGGAAAUUCAAUCCAUCAAUGAACCAUCUGCUCAAGAAAGAAAAGAUGAAAGUUUAUCAGAGCCUCUAAAAGCCUGCCCACUGUGCACUGUGAAAUUCAAAACUGAUCCUCCAAAUUUCAACACAUGCACAUUUUGCAAGAGCACUGUUUGUAAUCUCUGUGGCUUUAACCCAGUGCCACAGCAAAGUGAGGUGAAGGAAUGGUUGUGUUUAAACUGCCAGAUACAGAGAGUACCAGGACCUCCUCCUGUACAGCCACAGGCUAAUAAAGCACCUCCACCAGCCUCACCCCAGAAGAAAGAAACUUCUGCUCCAGAUGCUUUACAGAAGGAAUCAAAUCCACAAACAGUUGCCACAUACAAAGAUCAGAAACUCUCUCUACCUGCAAAAGUAGAGGAUCCCCUUUCUGCAAAGUCACAGGAACCCACUUCAAUAUCAACAUCACAGCCAUCUCCAGCUAAAUCUCCACCCCCACAAAAAGCUGAGCCUCCAAAAAAGGAGUCCAGCUUCUUUGGUUUUGGUGGUCCACGAUCUCAGUCACCAUCUUCCCAACCCUCUGUCUCUGCUGUUCCUGGGAAGGUUCUAGGUUUUGGCUCCUCAAUAUUUAGCUCAGCGUCAAACCUGAUCACUUCAGUUGUUCAAAAUGAGCCCUCAACAACACCACCGACUUCCCGUAAGGGUUCUACAGUAUCUCAAACUGCCGUAAAGCCUGAAUCAACACCACCUGCUUCUCGUAAAGAGUCAGUUUUGCAAAUCCCUCCGAAACCUGCAUCCUCUGCAAAGACAAACGCUCCUGAUAUUCAGAAACAGGAAGAAAACAAACCUGCAAAUGAUGCACCAAAUGCUCAGUCUACCAAAGCACCAUCUGCUCCUGUAAAAGAGGAUGAAAAUUUAUCGAAGCACCCAAAUCUCUGUCCACUCUGCAAAGACAAAUUCAAUGAAGACCCUCCAAAUUACAAUACUUGCAGUUUCUGCAAAGCCACUGUGUGUAAUAUGUGUGGAUUCAACACUAUGCCACAUCAAACUGAGGUGAAGGAGUGGCUGUGUUUGAACUGCCAGAUGCAACGAGCACCAGGAUCUCCUCCAUCAGGACAGCUGCAACAAAUGGCAAUGAAGGAACCUCCUACAGAGAUGGAGGUUUCAAAUCCAGAUCCUACACAGAAAAAGACAGGAAGUGCCAAAGAGCUAAAUCAGAAACCUGCUAAACCUGGAAAACCACAGGAGGAGCUCACUUCAGUAGAGAUCCAGAAACCCUCUACCACCCUAGAAGGAAAACAGCAUUCUGUAUCUGCUCCACAUACUGAGGAGCAAUCUGCUGUUUCUGGGAAGGCUCUAGGCUUUAGCUCCUCCUUUUUUAGCUCUGCAUCUAAUCUCAUCUCUUCAGCUGUUCAAGAUAAAUCAUCCGCUACACCACCGACCACUCAUAAGGACUAUACAUUUACCCAGAGUUCCAUAAAAAACUCUCCAACACCACCUUCUUCCCAUAAAGGAUCUGUAGCACAUAAGGAAGAGGGAAAAAAUUCUGAAGUCAAAUCAGAAGACCAGUUGGCAAAGACACAAGUUUCUCUUAUGGAACAGGAGCCAUCUCUCUUAGAUCCUCCCAGAGAUUGCCCACUGUGCAAGGCGGACCUCAAGAAGGACCCACCUAACUAUAACUCCUGCACACAAUGUAAAAAAAUUGUGUGUAACCUUUGUGGGUUCAGUCCUAUUCCACAACAAUCAGAGGUGAAGGAGUGGCUGUGUUUGAAUUGUCAGGUGCAGCGAGUACCAGAUCCUCCUCCUGCAAAGCUUCAAUCACAUACUAAUAAAGCACCUCCAUCAGCAUCACCAACACAAAAGAGACCCUCACCAGAUCCCAGCACUUCACAGGAGAGCUCAAGUCUUUCAGAUGCUAAGGUGAAAAACGAUCUUUUACAUGCAACUGGGAAACCAGAGGACAAGCCGGUUUCUGCCGAGUCUCUGAAAUCCACUCCUGUUCCAUCAACACAACCACCACCUUCUGCCAAACCUACUCUACCACAAAAGGCUGAAACUUCGAAGGAGGAGUCGGGUUUCUUUGGUUUCCAUUUGGGUGCUGCUCGGUCUCGACCAGCAUCUCCUCAACCUGCUGUAUCUGCUGUUUCUGGGAAGGUAUUUGGCUUUGGUUCCUCAUUCCUUAGCUCUGCAUCAAGUUUGAUCUCUUCAGCUGUUCAGGGUGAGUCUUCUACCACACCACCAACCUCUCGUAAAGCUUCCACAGUUUCUCAGACAUCUGCAGAAAAUACUCCAACACCACCUACUGCUCGAAAGGGAUCUGUACUGCAGAAACAAGAGGAAAAGAGAGGACUAGAAGUAAAACUAGAAGACCAGUUGUCAAAUGCUCCCAUUACUUCUGUGAAAAAGGAGGCACCUCUUUCAGCGCCUAUCAGUAUUUGUCCAAUCUGCAAGGGUGACCUUAAGAAGGAUCAACCAAAUUAUAAUACCUGCACUGAAUGCAAGAACACUGUGUGCAACCUUUGUGGAUUCACUCCUGUGCCACAACAUAGUGAGGUGAAGGAGUGGCUGUGUUUGAACUGCCAGGUGCAGCGAGCACCAGAUUCUCCUCCUUCACAGUUUCAAUCACACACUAAUAAAGCACCUCCAUCAGCACCACCAACACAGAAGAGAGAGACAUCACUUGUAGGUGCUCCAGAGGAAAAGACAAGUCUUCCAAAAGAUGCCACAGCAAAAGAUCAGAAAUCACACAUGACUGUGAAACCAGAGGAUGAGACGGUUUCAGUAGCAUCUCAGAAAUCUACUCCUGUUCCAACACAACAACCCCCUCUUGCCAAAUCUGCUCUACCACAAAAAGUUGAACGUUCAAAAAAUAACUCAGGGUUUUUUGGUUUUGCUCGAUCUCGAUCCCCAUCUCCUCAGCCUGUUGUAUCUGCUGUUUCUGGGAAGGUUCGUGGCUUUGGCUCUUCAUUUCUAAGCUCUGCAUCUAGCCUGAUCUCUUCGGCAGUUCAGGAUGAUCCAGCGACCACACCGCCAACCUCUCGUAAAGGUUCUGUAAUUUCUCAGACAUCCUCAAAAGACAUUCCAAUACUGUCUACAGAUUCCAAGGGGUCUGUUGUACAGAUUAAGGAAGAAAAGAAAAAGACAGAGAUUACAACAGAAGACCAGUCAAAGGUGUCACCUUCUCUUGUGAAAAAAGAUGCACCUCUUUUAGAGUCUCCUAAAGCUUGUCCACUCUGCAAGGCGGAGCUCAAAGACAAUCCGCCCAACUAUAACACCUGCACUGAAUGCAAGAACACUGUGUGUAAUCUCUGCGGAUUCCACCCCAUGCCACAUGAAACUGAAGUGGAGUGGCUAUGUUUAAACUGCCAAAUAAAACGAGCACCUGGGGCUAAACAGACAACUCAGCAGGCUGAAGAAGGACCUUGUCCAACAUUACCACAAUUGGCUGGGGAACCAGAGGUUGGGGAACCAGAGGACAAACCUGCUGAAGAAAUCCACACCAAGAAACCUACACCUCCACAGUCCCCCACUGCUGAAUCUGCAUCACUACCAAAAGUUGAACCUUAUAAGGAAGAGUCAGGUUCCUUUGGUGGCACUCACUCUCAACCACCAUCUUCUCAGUCUGCUGACUCUGCAAUUUCUACAUUUGUGAAGACCACACCAAUUCCACCUAUUUCUCAGAAAGAGAACCUAAAAUGUGUAGGACCUGAAAUAAUUCCACAAGGGGAAGAAACCAAAACUUCAGCAGAAAAGACAAAACUGGAUGAAAAGCCAUUCCCAACGGAUAUGGUUGCAGAUGAAUCGCCAAGUAAUGCAGCACCUUCCAAAGCACAACAUGUGGCUUGUCCACUGUGUAUGAUGGAGCUUAAUGUUGGUUUGGACAAAGCAACCAACUACAAAACCUGCACCGAAUGCAAGAACACUGUGUGUAACAACUGUGGAUUUAACCCCAUUCCUCAUCAGACUGAGGCUAAUGAAUGGCUUUGCCUAAACUGUCAAACACAGAGAGCAUUAAAGGGAUUGGAACCAAAAGGAUCUCCAGUUACACAACCAGACAUUGUUUCAACUUCAGCACAACAAACAAGAACCAUAACACCCAUUUCAGCAACUGAUGCUUGUGAAAUCACAGAAACAGAUACAGUGCAAGUGAAAGAGACUGAGGUGGAAGUGUCUGAGGUGGAAGACAAAACAUCCCAAAAGGAAGAAACACAUGUUGCAUGGGCUGUAGAGCAUGGUCCAGGACAGAUAAAGCAGUUUUCUGAAGAGCUGCCUAUAAUGGAGGAUCAAAAGGCUGCAAUUCCUCAAAAAACUGUAACUGAGCAGUCUGUGUCUGGUGUCAUGUCAGCUAUGCAGGAUGAGCCUUCCAUAACAUCACCACAUUCCCGUAAGGGUUCUACAGUUUCCCAGGCAUCUAUCAAAACUGAUACACCACCCACUUCUCAGAAAGCUUCUGUCAAAACACCACCAAUUUCUCGCAAGGGGUCUACAGCUUCCCAGGCUUCCCUCAAGAUGCCUUCUACUGCAGACACCAAACCAUCUGUCAAACCAGAUGAGAAAUCAGAUGAGGAGAGCACACCUUCAGAAACUGCCAAACUGUCUGAACCUUUGCAACCAGUUCCUAGAUCGAGGCAGUCUAACUGUCCCAUUUGCAAAGUGGAUCUGAACAUUGGCUCUGAAGACUCACCUAAUUUCAACACUUGUACUGAAUGCAAAAAUAAUGCAUGUGUUCAGUGUGGGAUGGAUACUAUGCCUUAUCAGACAAAGGUAAAGAAGUGGCUUUGCCUGAAUUGCAAGAUUCAGCAAAAAAUAGAAAUGGAACCAUCCGGAACUCCCAUUCCGAAACCUCUGCCAACAUCUUUAGAAAAAGAGAGCCAGUCUUUACCUUCAGUACCCAUGUUAGCAGAACCCAAAGCCUCAGAUCCUUCUACAUGUGUAGAUGAAAAGAAUAUCCAUAUUCCAGCAAUAUUAAAGAAAGAUGUCCCAGCUAUAAACCCUCAACAGGAAACAAGUGCAGGCAUAAAGCAGUCUGAUAUGAACCCACAGAAUAAAGAGCCUCAACAAGAAACAAAUCCUGAAUCUGCAAAAUCUCAGCCUGAGUUGACCAAACGUACAGACUUACUUGCCAAAUCAGGUCCACCACCACAGAGCAAAGGUCCAAAGCAGGAUUCAGGUUUUACUGGACUUGUAUUUGGUGGUGGUAAGUCUCAGCCUUCCCCUCCUAAGAUAUCUGAUUCUACAAGUAGAAAGCUGUUUGGGUUGGGCGAGUUGGCUGAGACAGCCAGGUCACGGUCACCCUCACCAAAGACUGUGACUAAUGUUUCUGGAAGGUUUUUGGGAUUUGGAACCUCCAUCAUUAGCUCUGCAUCUAAUCUGAUCUCAUCAGCUGUCCAAGAUGAGCGUGCUGCAUCUCCACCAACCUCUCGUAAAGGUUCUACAGCAUCACAGUCUUCUGUCAAGUGUUCUACACCGCCUCCUUCUCAAAACGUGUCCAAAAUGCCUCCUGCAGAACCUAAAGCUCCGGAUUCAAAGAAACUGAAUGAAAAGAAGAUAGAAGAAAAGGAAAUAGGAGAACCUGGUCUGGCCAAGCUGUUACCUGCUAAUGCAAAGCAGGAAGCAUGGCCUGAUCCUGCUGAACUGUCAGCAACAGCUAAGGCCAAAACAAACCAACUUCUCUGCCCACUCUGCAAAGUCGCCCUUAAUGUGGAAACAAAUGACCCUCCUAACUACAAUACCUGCACUCAGUGUAAAAAUGUGGUGUGCUGCCUCUGUGGAUUUAACCCCAUGCCUCAUCUAUCAGAGGUGGAGUGGCUGUGUUUGAACUGCCAGACUCAAAGGGCCCUGCAGCAACAAAUGAGAGACACAGGACAAAACUCUACAUCCUCUGUGCGCAGUAUAGAGCCUGAUCCUAAAGCACAAGCCAUCAAGACUUCUGUGCCUAGUCAGGCCAUUGAAGCUACCCCUGGGCUAAUUAUCUCUAAAAAUGAAUCUAACCAGCAAGCAGUGACAGUAUCCUCACUUUCUGUUGGAUCUGCUCAUGCUGCUGGUGGUCCUGUCCAUACUGCAGAUGUUCCUCCUGAUAAAACUGUGGACAAGAAACCUGAGUGGAAAUGUGAAAUUCCACAGCCAGCAGUUAAAGAGGAGAAAAAGACAGAGCAACCAGCAAAAUGUGAUGAUUCCUCCCACAAGUCAGAGUGUGAUGAUUCUUCUCAGAGUGUGAUGAUUCCUCCCACAACUACUAUGGACACUCCACAGGAGGCACUGAGGACAACUGGUGUCUUAGUGGAAGCACAACAUGAUGUGAAAGAAAUUUAUGUAGCACCAACUGUGGCAACAAAAGAGGUAGAAAAGGUUUUGCUAAAUAAAGAGGUCCUGAUGCAAACAGAAAGUACUCGCAGUACACCUUCUGAACUUGAGAACACAUUACUUGGAGCUGAGGCACACACCUUGAAGGUUGAUGAGAAAAAAGACCGUCCAGGACGCAUUUCACCUGAGUCAUACAGUUCAGCUGAGGAAGAGCUUAAAGCAAUCCAGAUUGCUGGUGAAUCAUUUAUAAAGCUAGUUGAACCAAAUCUUGCAGUGAGUAUAAAGGAUGAUCUUAGCACUAAGGAGAACAGCAGCGAAAGCGAACAAUUGCCUUUUCUGCAGAGGAUCAGAAGUGCAGAAUCCUCCUACAGUGAAGACUAUAAACCAGUUAGUCCAGAUUUUGGAGAUGAGGAGUUUAUACAAACACAGCUAAUGGAAAUGUGCAUGGCUGAAGGUUUGUCACCAUCGUUUGAGGAAAAGAACAUCAAAGAACUGAUUGGAGAAAACAAUCAGCAGAAGCAGUAUGUGACUAGAGAUGCAGCAAUUGCAAGUCCAGUAAAGGUACCAAAAAUAACCCAUCAAACACUCAGUGUGGAGGUUGAAGACAGUUCUGACAAUAUUCCACUAUGCCAGAAUAAAGAAACUGAAAUCAUGCAGGUCAUCCAUACCUUAGACACAUCAGAGAAAAAUACAGUAAAUAUUUCUGUCUUGAAUGAUAAUGAAAAGACAGAAGUUACAGACCUUAUGAGCAUUGCAGUUAUUUCUUCACAACCACAAUUUCCUGCCAGUCAGAUUAUUGAAAAUAAUAGUUUGACGGAGUCCACCAAACAUAGGUCUAAAGGUGAUGAAUCUUCCAGUAUACAAGCACCCCACAUCACACCACUUGCAUCACCACCCUCAGACACUGCAUCACCAACAUCUUUGUCCUCACUUGAAAAAGAAAGUGACAGCAGUCCAAGCCAGAGACUUGAUCAUCAACUCAAUAAUCUCCUUCCAGUGGAUGAUAUAUGUCAAAGUGAAGAUUUAUGGCAAACUUCACGAAUGAAAGUAUAUGAGUCAUCCUCUUUCUCUGACAUAUCACCAAGUAUUGAGCCUGAAUCAGAGAAUUUCCUUACCUAUCAACUGCCACCCAUCUGUUCUUCAAUAGAUGCGGUGAAUGAUGCAGUAGAAAAAACAUUAAAGAGUGCUGAGGAGAUAUAUGAAGAAAUGAUGCAAAAAGCUGAGCCACUAAAAGCUAUGACAAAGAAAGUCACUCCACCUGAGAUUGAGCCACUUUAUGGAGGCAUGCUAAUAGAGGACUAUGCUUAUGAGUCACUAGUGGAGGAACCAGCAAUGGCUACAGCUGCUGGCUGCAGUAUUAGUGAGAAUGUGUAUUUGAGUGAAGUGAUUGUUCAAGAGGAGGCAAGAAAGCUUACAACACCUGAGGAGGCCUAUGUAGAAAUGCAGAAAAAGAGAGAACUCAUGUUAAAAGGAAAACUAUCUGAACAUGUACAGGUAGAAAAGGAAAUUGCUCGUUCAGACUUUGCAGUACCCGCAGUUACUGACACUUGCUAUGUUACUGUACGAGAAAAUGACAAAUAUCCUGUAUACAAAGAUGAGGAAUCUGGGUUACAUGCUGAAGAUGUUCUGACACCUAAAACAAGUCCUACACGGUCAAGUCCUUUAUCUCCAAUAUCUCCCUUUUCUUCAUCUGAGCCUUUAUAUGACUCUCCUGAAGUGGUACUAACUCUCUCAAGUGGUGAGGAGGACAAUACUAAGGAUGAAUAUGCCAGUGAACAUGUUCAAUAUGCUAUGGAACCAUACAUUGAUGGGUCAACAUCUCCUGAAGCAAGUUUGGUUAAAAAAGCUCUCUAUCCCAUUCCUGACUUGAAAAUUACUCAGUGUUCUUCUGGGGAAGAGGAGGCUGAGGAUGAAGAUAAAACGCAAGAAUAUAAAAUAGCUAUGUCAAAUGAUCAAAGUGAUGACAAUUCCAAGGAAGCUGCCAAAAUUAUAAUGCCUUCAUCACAAUCAAAUUCAAUAGAAGAUGAACCAACUUUUCGCUAUGAAAUUCCUUUGUCAAAACAUGUGCGAGAAGAUGUCUCCCCCAUUGUACCUCCUCUGUCUCCACAAACAUUAUCCCCUGAUUCAACAACAUCAGCCUCAUCAACUCUACUUACAGAUCAGAUUCCAGAGUCAGGCUCAAUCUCAAGAACACCAACUGCUGCUAGAAGUUCAACAGCUCUUGGGGCUGACUCUGCUUCAUUUAUAAUUGUAAUGCCAGCUCCCCAAGUUGCAGUGGUAACAGGUCCUCCUGGUAAAAGCUCCUUUCAAGAAAUAUCUUUAUCACAGGCUGCUACAUCCACCCAACAAAUCACAUCAACAGUGAAAUGUCCUAUCCCACCCGAGGUUUCUUUUUCUAAGCCACCACUAGCUCCAAAACCACCCCAUAUUCUAGACUAUUCUAGCCUUGUUUCAACAUAUACAUCUUCUACAGUAUCGAUAAAUGAGCAAAAUAGAAUUUCUUUCCCAAGUCAUGCUGGGAUUCCAGCAUCUUUGUCAGCUGCAGGGUCUGUACUCCCAGCAUACAUAACUGCAUCAACCUCCAUUUCUUCAGCACAAGCCUCAGUCCCAUGUUUCACUCCAGUUCCCUUUGUGCAAAUGUCAGAUGCCAUGUCUACUGCAUCAGAGUGUCUAAUUCACGUACCAUCUUUAGAGUCACUUAAAACACCUGACUCUACUACAGGGGAUAUGCCAUCUCCAGCAUUUUUUAAAGUUCCACCACCUGCUCCAGUUAUUGUCCAAAUGUCAGACUUAGUUGCUUCAUCUUCCCAGUCUCCAGUUCACAUUGCAAAUGAAAUGCUUAUUCCGGCCUAUUCAUCAGUACCAGCUACAACUGUUUCUCCUGCCACAGACAGAAAAAGUAUAGCACCGACCACAGUUUCAAUUCCAAUUCAUUAUUUUAGUCCAGAUGCAGAGAAAUUAAGUGCAGCAACUGCAACAGUGCAGGCAUUACCAGUUACAUCACCUGCAGUUACAGAUACAGAUGGAAUUCUCAAAUCAGAAUCACAGAUUUUGAGUCCUGAUGGACAAACAAAGCAAGGUCGUUUUGUCAUAAUUUUGCCAAAAAAUACAUCUGUAAUAAACCAAACAACACAAGAUAUUGUCACUAAUUCAGGCAUGGUAGCAACCUCUGUUGAUGAAACUAGGAUCCAGCCUUUUGUAGUGAGUGUAUCCCCUGUUGUCAGUACAGAUGUUGCUCCAAUGGAACCUCAAGUAACAAGUGUCUUCCAUGAAAGAGCAAAUAUACCAGUCAUUGAAUUUCCACCACCACCUGUAGCUUUACCAUCAGCCAUCCUGGCUGAUAACUUACCUUAUCCAGCUGUUAACCAGGAGUCUGUUCCCACUCCAUCAUGUGUUAGAGCUUCUUCUCCUGAGUUUUUCACAAGUAUGACCAUUGCAGCACAAAGUGAAGCAGUAAAUCUAAGUUUAACCGCAAUUAAUAAGUCACCACCUCCUGUUCCACCCAAGCCAGUCUGUAUACCAUCUGGUCUAGUGUUUAGUCACAGAUCAAGAGAAAGUAUAAAGCCACCAAAUAUUGCUGAACAUGCACUUUCUCAGACAGGACAUGCAGCUACAUUACCAAGAACAAAAAAACCUCCCAAUGCCCUUUCAUUGAGUUUGAAUGCCCCUGUUGACAGCAAACAUAAUAUUUCAUCACCAAAAUCACCCUUGUCACCUAGAUUUUCUAAAACUCUUGAGACAUAUGUGGUGAUAACUUUGCCAUCAGAACCAGGAUCACCAAUUGAAAGUAUUACAACCCAGGCUCCAGUACGAAGAUCAUCUCUGCCAACUUCUGCUAUUGCACCAAGACUGUUUAUCCCACCUGCACUAUCUGAACCACUGGUGUCAACACAAGUGGUAGCUGCAUCACCAAAAGUAGUCUUAGCCCCUGCUAUGUUAACACAAACAGCAGUGGUUCCAGUACAAACUGUGGGCACCCCACCAGUACCUGAGACAGCAGUACAAACUUCAUCUACAUUCAUUUCAGUACCAGUCAUAGCAAUGCCAUCAGAGGUUGCACCAGCAUCAAGUGCAUCAGCACUGACUUUUGUGCCCCAAACAGGGACUUUUGGGCCACCCAUCAUAGAUAAAAUGACAAAUUAUGCUGCACCAUCUAUGGUCACAGCAUACGGAGCAAAAAGAGUGUUUUCAUCACCACUUGCAACUGCUGGGUCAACCAUAUUGUCAGCACCAGUGAGUGCUACACUUCAAAUCCCAGCACCAGCAACCAUGGUUUCUGAUUCAGUGGAACUUGAUAGACAACAUAUACAAACAGUUUGUCCUGCUCCUAUAACAGAUCAUCGGACUAUACAAGCAAUUAAGUUAGGUCCAUCAACAGCUCCUGUCCAACAGCAUCCAGCAUUUUUUGAACUACAACAAGAGGCGCCAGUAGUGUAUGCAAAAACAGUUAUGCCAGCUUCAGCAUUAACAUUUGCUCAGUUCACAAACCCACCAGAAAGCCAAGAACUGAGAAGGCCAGAUAAAGUUGUGGCAAAUAUGAGUCAAAUGUACUCUGCGAUUUCUGCAGAACAACACCCAGAAUCAUUACCUAAUGUUGUAACCCAAAUGUUCAAGACUGAAGUCCAGAGAACUACUACAUUGUCUGUUGUCCAAGAAAGAAUACCUCUAGAACCUGUAUCAGACCCUGGCAGUGUGGAAAUCAUACUUGGACCAGAAAUAACAAAAACCCAAAUUAUGUCUAAACAAAAUGGAAAACCACACUACUCUGGGGAUAUAAUAGAUCUCACAACUUUAAAGGUCAAUGUUACAAUGACUGAUAUGGGAAUGGAUCUGACAGCUCCUAAAACAAGUCGGGAAUCCCUUUCAAUUGAUUCAAGUGGUAGACAGGCAACUGCUAUCAAGCCAGAAAUUGUAAAUCUCACUGCUGAAAUACCUCCUCCUACAACACUCUCUGUUGUGACAGAUAGUAUUAGUAUUGUUACCUGUAGUGCUACAAUUGCAUUCAAUAAUAAUAUAGUUGACAAGCCUCUGAACUUAAGAAGUGCCACCUCAAAGACUCUUCCACUUACAACAUACAAACGAUUUGAGCCACUAGCACAGAUAGUAUACAGACCAGUAAACUCACAGCCAAAACCUACAACUAGUACAGAGAUUCCAGUUAACCUAUCAUGUGGGACUACUGAAGCUACAGCACCUCCAUCUUUACCCUCAACUUUACUUGUUACAGUGGCCCCAGUGACCUGCAUAAAUGCCCGGGCUGGUGUACCUAUUCAUAUUGAGCCAUCUUUGGCUGGAGCUAUAGAUCUCACUACAUCAAGACCAAAGAAAGAUAUGGUGGCUUUGUCUUCUUCCUCUGGGGUAGUUACAGCUGUUGUUGAGGAUAUGGCACCUGUAGAUCUGACAGCAGGGAAACGAACAGUGUGCUGUGAUGUUCUCUACAGGCUUCCAUUCACAGGGAGCUGCAGAACUCAGCCUCCAGCAACCACACAACCAGGCAACCAGCUUGGCUCCAGAGAUGACCACUCCAAGUAUGAUAAUGCUACAACACUUGGAACUGAAAAACUCAGUAAAAUGAAGGCCUCUGUAUCUAACAGCAAUUUCACAGAAAUUGGUCUGUUCACUGAGGGCAAGAAUGAAUUUGCCUACCAGAAUGGGACUUCAGAGGCUGCAAUUGAUUUGACAUCAGGAAAAGUGCCAGCAGAUGAAGCUCUGGACUUCUCAAAGAAAGGCACUUUGACAUUUUCUGGGAUAACUACUAUGCAGUAUUCCCAAACAACAUCCUCUGGAGUUAACAGUGUACUACGAUCAUCAAAUGGAGUUGUGUACUCAUCUGUUGCUGCACCAGUUCCUUCCACAUAUGCAAUUACGACCCAGCCAGCCUCAAUAUUCUGCACAUCCUACAACAGUCCCAGCAGUAUAACUGAUCCAUUUUCAGCACUUCAAAAUCAAACUUUACCUUAUGAUUUCACACAUGACACUGGAACUAACCAAUCAAUAUUCAUAGAACCUGAUCCAUCAAAGGACACCCUACCUUCUGUCUUAGCUAACCUCCUUCCUUCAUUAACAGCCUUCCCAGAACUUUAUUCUGAUGCUACUCUGGAAGCCAUCGCAGCCUCACUGGAUACCCUGGUCUCCCCAAAUUAUCCUACAACAGAUGACACUAAAAGCCAACUGUACCAGGCUGAACGUGAGUUUUUGCAGUUGGAGAAGCUGAAGCAGCUGUGUUUGGCUGAGGAACUUGAAUGGGAGAGACAUGAGAUUCAGCGAUAUCGUGAACAGGAGCAGAUUAUUGUUCAAAAAGAAUUAGAGGAACUUCAGAGCAUGAAACAAAAACUCCUUAUGCAGCAAGAGGAAGAACGUAAGGCCCAUCUCAUGCUUCAGCAGGAGACUUUUGCACAGCAGCAAUUGCAGCUGGAGCAAAUCCACCAGCUACAGAAGAAACUACAGCAGCAGCUACAGGAGCAGAAAAUGUAUUCAUAUGGCAUUGAGACAAAUGAAGGAGUGUUGCAGCCCACUACUUCAGGCAUUCUGGAUCCCCAGUACACUAUAGGCGAUAAUGGCCAAUAUUGGCCAGUGAAAGAUGACAACUCUAUAUUGUCUGUAGUGACUAGUCAUGACCCUGUAAUUGGCCAGGAUCGGCACACUGCUUCCUCGAGCUUACCUGAAUCAGAAGCUAUUCUUAAAGAUACAGUGGAUCAAAAACAGAAUUUCAAAAAGCUGCCUUCCACAGCCAAGCACAUCUCUGAGCAAAAUGUAGAUUUAAGUUGUAAAAAGAUAGCUGAAGGUAAUGUUAAAACAGAUGAAGAGGAUGGGGUUGAAAGGCCUUACUCUGGCAGGAAGAGGAGGAGUAGAAGAAGUGUAGAUAGCUGUGUGCAAACUGAUGAUGAGGACCAGGAUGAAUGGGAUGUUCCUGUCAGGAGUAGGCGUAGAUCUCGCUCCAGAUAUGCUGAUGGAGAAAGGGGUAAAGGUUCCAAGGUAUCGAGCAUUGCAAUUCAAACUGUGGCUGAGAUCUCAGUUCAAACAGAUCAUUCUGGGACCAUAAACAGGUCUCCAGUCCGAGCGCAAGUUGAUACCACAGUGGAUCUACACAAAGGAGGGCAACCAGAAAGUGACUCAGAUGUUACAUCUGAAAAAGACAAGAAGCAGUCAACUCCUGUUGAAAUUGGUGUCAGCACACAGCUAAAAGCAGAUGGCAUUGGGGUCACAUUAGUACACAAAUCUCCAAAUGUACUGUAUUCUCCAGUCUCACCUGUGUCUCCUGGAAAAGGUACACUGAAGAUACUAUCAGCUGAACCAUCAAGGCAUCCAACUAGCCCAAGAUCACUGAAGGGCUCACAAAGAUCUCUGGGAUCUCUGUCUGAUCCCAAGUCAUUGAGUCCAACUACUGAUGACAGAAUCAUGUACCAGUACUCAGAUGCCUAUUCUAGCAAGGGCUCACAAAAUGGUACCACAGUGGGCUCCCAGAAGAAAGUAAAGCGUACACUUCCCCAUCCACCACCAGAAGAUGAUACCAUUGCUGGUCCCUCUGGAUAUAGUACUGGUUCUGCCCGAAGAAGAAUGUGCAGAACCACCACCUUGGCUCGAGCCAAAAUCUUGCAAGACAUUGACAAAGAAUUGGAUUUGGUUGAGAGGGAGUCUUCCAAGCUACGAAAGAAGCAAGCAGAGUUGGAUGAAGAGGAAAAAGAGAUAGAUGCCAAACUGAGGUAUCUUGAGAUGGGUAUUAAUCGAAGGAAGGAGGCUUUACUUAAGGAAAGGGAAAAGAGAGAAAGGGCAUACUUGCAAGGGGUGGCAGAGGAGCGUGACUAUAUGUCUGACAGUGAGGUUAGUAACAUCAGAGGAGCACAAGGUAAUGGUCAUGGACUGGAGCGGCCACGGACUGCCCCUCAGUCAGAGUUUAACCAGUUCAUUCCACCACAAACUGAAGCUGAUUCUCAGUAUGCACACCUUGAAAGUCCAUACUCCCAUUAUCAGUAUGCUUCCCAAACUGGGACCACAAAUCACUAUUCCCAACAAACAUUGUACCAACAGCAAUCACUUUAUCACCAACAGACAUCCCCCUAUCAAACCCAGUCAGUUUACUCUUCAGUGCCUACACUCAAUCAACAGUCCCAGCAAACUGGUUAUGACCAUGCCUCUCAGCUUCUUCUGAUGCAACAAAAAAAUUGCCAGACUACUUUGUCUGAAUUGGAAACAAAGAUAAACACCAAUUAUGAGGUCAUUCGAAAUCAGCCUCUCCUAAUUGUACCCACAUCCACAGACUAUGGGGUCUCUCACCUUGGGGGCAAAUAUAGUAACCUUGAACUGAGAAUGGGUCUGGAAGAAAGAGGGAGUAUGGCUAGCAGCCCUAUGUCCAGUAUAUCAGCAGAGUCCUUCUAUGCAGACAUUGACCACCACAAUGCUAGAAACUAUGUUAUGAUUGAUGACAUAGGAGAGCUCACCAAGAGUUCUCCUGGCUUGGGCUCAAGCUUCAACAUCCCUGAUAAGGAUAUGAGCAAGACUGACCGGUUACUCCGAGCUGCUGAAGUUCGUCGAACAGCAGAUGUGGCUGACUUUCUUGGGCCUCUUCAAGCUGCAUCUAGACUACAUUCAUAUGGUAAGCCAGAGGAGGACUCAAUGGAGGAGCCAUAUGAGUUAAAGCUGCUAAAGCAACAAAUCAAGCAAGAGUUCAGGAGGGGGACAGAUGGUCUGGAACAACUCACAGGUCUACCACACUACCUCCACAGUGACAGUUUCAGACAUUUCCCUAAAUCUGAGAAAUACAGCAUUGGCAGGCUCACUCUAGAAAAGCAAGCUGCUAAGCAGCUUCCAGCCUCAGUCCUUUACCAAAAACAGCUAAAGAAUAAGAGAGCAUUAAUUGACCCUAAAAUUACCAAGUUUUCGCCCAUUCAAGAGACCAGGGAUCUCGAACCUGAUUACAGUAGUUUUUUGGCUUCUACUGGCUCAGCAAUGGGUGGACUGUCCAGCAGAGCAAGGCUUCUGCAAGAUGAGAUCACCUUUGGUCUGAGGAAGAACAUAGCAGAGCAACAGAAAUAUCUGGGCUCCUCACUCAGCACUAAUCUGGCACAGUCACUAAACCUUGGUCAGUCUCUCAACCUCAGCCAAAGCUUAAGGACAUCACUCCAAGAGGAUGGCACUUAUCCCAGUGUCACACGGUCAAGAUCUUCUUCUCGGCCUUCUUCUGCAUAUGGACUUGACUUAUCUAUCAAAAGAGACCUUUCCAGCUCUUCACUGAGAUUAAAAGCAGAGGGUGAAGGCAUGGAUUCACAAUUUGGAGCAGCACGAGCAAAACCAACUAGCCUGCCCAUCAGCCAGAGUAGGGGGCGUAUCCCUAUUGUGGCACAGAAUUCAGAAGAAGAGAGUCCACUGAGCCCUGUUGGACAACCUAUGGGUAUGGCAAGGGCAUCUGCAGGUCCACUACCGCCUAUCUCUGCUGAUUCUCGGGAUCAGUUUGGUUCUAGUCACUCCUUGCCAGAAGUGCAGCAGCAUAUGAGAGAAGAGUCACGAACACGUGGUUAUGAUCGGGAUAUUGCCUUUAUUAUGGACGAUCUACAGGGAGCUAUGUCCGACAGCGAAGCAAGCGCUCCUAGCUGGAAAGUAGAAGCUUACCACCUGCAGCAUGAAGAAACUGACUGGUUUGAUAAACCUCGUGAGGAACGUGAGGGACAGGACAGGAGACGGAUAAAAGCCAUACAUUAUCCUUUCCCCCACACUCGCAUCAAACUGCAGAAGGACCCCAAGGAUCACACAGUCUCAGGGAGUGGGUUUGGAAUCAGAGUGGUAGGAGGAAAGGAGAUUCCAGGCACUAAUGGAGAGAUUGGAGCAUAUAUUGCUAAAGUGUUGCCUGGAGGCACUGCUGAGCACACAGGGAAGAUUGUAGAAGGAAUGCAGGUUCUUGAGUGGAGUGGAAUUCCUCUAAUUGCAAAGACAUAUGAGGAAGUGCAGAGUAUUGUGGGUCAGCAAAACGGAGAGGCUGAGAUAUGUGUCCGCCUAGACCUGAACAUGCUCUCAGACUCAGAGCAUCACCAACAGCUGGAGCUGCACCCGCAAUUCAAGACCAGUAAGAGCAGUGAGCGCCAGCGAUCUCCAGGUGUAGACCCCAAGCAACUGGCAGCAGAGCUGCAAAAGGUGUCUCAGCAGCAAGCACCUGCCUCCGUGCUGGCUGUCUUGGAGAAAGCAGGGCACUUGCACUCCGCUACAACGUCCGACGCAUCCAGUGGGGUCCCCAGCCCCGGGCAGCCAGGUUCCCCCUCUGUCAACAAGAAACGUCACAGCAGCAAGUCUGCAGAGGCUCUGAAACAACAACCACAUCCUAUCAGUGGUGAAAUACAGCUUCAAAUUAAUUAUGACAAGAAUAUGGGUAACUUGAUCGUCCAUGUCCUACAAGCAAGAAAUCUUUCCCCAAGAGAUAACAAUGGAUAUUCAGACCCUUUUGUUAAGGUGUAUCUUCUACCAGGGAGAGGCCAAGUCAUGGUUGUCCAGAACGCAAGUGCUGAAAACAAGAGAAGGACUAAGUAUGUACAGAAGACCCAGAACCCUGAGUGGAACCAGACUGUCAUCUACAAAAAUAUUCACUUGGAGCAGCUGAAGAGGAAAACCUUAGAGGUGACAGUGUGGGAUUAUGACAGAUACUCCUCCAAUGAUUUCCUGGGAGAAGUGCUGAUUGACCUGUCUAACACAGCUCAACUGGAUAACAUGCCUCGCUGGCACCCCCUAAAGGAACAGAGUGAGAGCAUCCACCAUGGCAGAGGCCUUGCCCCACAGGGUGGUGCUGGAGCUGGAAGCCAGGGAGGCCAGGGUGGAUCUGGAGGAUCAGCCGGACCUGGGGGCACUGCAGGCCAACCAAGCAAUGACCAAUCACCCAAAACCUCUGUCAUCAAAAGCAGGAGCCAUGGCAUUUUUCCCGACCCCGCUAAAGAUACCCAGGUGCCAACAAUAGAGAAGUCCCACAGUAGCCCAGGCAGUUCCAAGUCUUCAUCCGAGGGCCACCUACGCUCGCGCGGACCCUCUCGCAGCCAGAGCAAGAGCAGUGUGACGCAGACUCACCUGGAGGAGGCUGGCAAUGCCAUUGCUGCCGCCGAGGCUGCCGUGCAACAGGGCCGUCUCCAGCCAAACAGAGCAACACACCGGCUGAGUAAUGGAGAUGGGUAUACCCUGGAUAGUGAGGAUGGCACAGACACUAAUGCGGUAGACAGUGCUAUCUUCCAGGUCCCUCAGCUGAAGGCUAUUCCUAAUGGUCUGGAUAAGAGAGGCUCUGACUCUCUACUGAACCUGCCUGACUCUGAAGUUAAAAACCAGAUAAUGGGUGAGAUCAAGGUGGCUCUGAAGAAAGAGAUGAAGACUGAAGGAGAGCAGCUGGUCCUUGAGAUUCUCCAGUGCAGAAACAUCACCUACAAGUUCAAAUCUCCAGACCAUCUGCCUGACUUGUAUGUGAAGCUGUAUGUGGUUAACGUGGCGACACAGAAGCGGAUCAUCAAGAAGAAGACCAGAGUGUGUCGCCAUGACAGAGAGCCGUCCUUCAACGAAACAUUCCGCUUCAGCCUCAAUCCAACUGGUCACUCCAUCCAGCUUUUCCUGGUGUCUAAUGGGGGGAAGUUUGUGAAGAAGACUCUAAUCGGCGAAGCAUACAUCUGGCUGGACAAAGUGGACAUGCGUAAGCGAGCAGUGAGCUGGCACGAGCUGGUGGCCAGCUCCCCUCACACACAGCCCUGAGCGGUCCCGGAUGCACUGCCACGAGGGCAGAGAGAGUUACAGGCAGGCGGGGCGAUCAGGCUGGGAGUGACAUGCAGAUACGUAACGCAAUUGAUGGAAUAUGGGAAGGAGAAAAGUAGGACACAUUUCAGUGAAUAAUUCAUCCUUGUGUCAAGGAGGACGUAAUCAGAUCUGGUUGCCGUCCUACAGAAAAGUGCAUAGAGGACCUUACUGAAAUUUAGACCCAUCGUCAGAGUGUGAAAGAUAUAAUUUAAAAAAGAUCAAAUAUUUACCUCCCAAACCAUUUUGUUGUCAGAAGUAAUCUCCCUGGCAGUAUACCUGAUGUCCUGUAGAUUUGCUAUUACAUAUCAUUUAACCUCUUAUACCAGUUAAUUGACUAACAGUUUGGGGGUUAACUAUCAUGAUCCAUUUUAAGUCUUUUAUCUUCAUGUGUACCUAAUUUUAUUUCCUAUGUUUCUUUUAAGUUUCCCUGCUGUUGCAUCUUUUCCUAAACAGAAGUCUAGUGGGGAUGCGUAGUGAAGACAGGAUGCCUUUAUGAAAAGAUGCUUUUCAUCACACAGUAUAGUAAAUGUAGGACAACACAGUACGUGCAGUCACUCUUAUAUAGAUAGUAAAAAAAACAAACAAUUGUGCAAAAAGUAUAUAAAGAGACAUCAGUAGCAGAGUUUAUCUUUUUCAGAGAAUCUAGCCUCUCCACUCCAUUUUUAUAUAUGAUCAGAUUUAUCAUAUCAGAUUGUUAUGUAUAUGGUGAACAGAUAAUCUUAGCUCUGAUGUCGUGAAUUUUCAUGUGAUGAAUACAGUGUGACUUGUGAGCAUGGCUCUCUCAACUAUACAUGCUCAGUGACCCUGUCUCUAGAGUCUUAAUUUAAGUGUCCAAUUCACAGGUUAGAAAUUUUUCUUCAACCUCUGAGAUUUUAUGCAGUCCUUCAACCUCUGAGAUGUUAUGCCUUGUAUCUGUGGGCCUUGGUCUCAGCAGGUAGGUCACAGCUGCAUUGAUAAAAUCGGAGCCACGGCUAAAGGUCAUGACCUAUUAUGUUCUGAACACAUUUGUUCGUCAGUGACCUUGACCUAUGGAUGUUGGUGUCUCUGUUGUUGCAAUAGCCUUCACAUGGGUCUCCAUGAAGUUACAGGGACAGCUACAUGAAGUCACAUGCACAGUAGGAUCAUGUAUGUCCAUUUUCUGUUUUGUUAAAAGCAUCUUGGGGUAAAUGUCAUGUAAAUGUUCAGAUGUUGUCAGCUGUGCUCUCUGUUUUGUGAUGAAGUUCUAUGUUUGAACAAAAUAUGCAAUCAAGAAAAAAAAAAGAGAUUGAUUCAAAAAACAUUAAGAUGCAGACCUCCUAACUUUGACAGGGGUCAACAAGGCUACAGAACUGGCUCUGCUCCUUGUGUUUAUUUCAAAUGGUGCAAGGUGUGUAUCUGUAAUGGGUGUCCUUGCCCGCCUGUUGGGCCUUUUAAAGAUGUCUUAGUUUUUUUGUUUGUUUUUGUUGCUUUUGGAAUGUUUGUUGUUUGUUUCUUUGUUUGCUUGUUUGUUUUGUUUGGGGGUUGUCACUGGUCUGUUCCUGUGAGUUUUAGUACCAGAGACUCGAUAUCCCAAAUAUAUUCACUGCCACUUUUCCGUGCACCAUAUCAGUAUACAAAUCACAUUAAAGAACAUGUGCAGUAGUCUGUUGUGCUGGUCAUCAGAACACCAAAUACUGGGCCACCAGUUCGGUCUUUGGACUGAAAUCACAGAGCAACGAUUACUGCGUAGACACACUGAGUUCCUUAAAGCAACCAUGAUCAGUGUUUCCAUUAUCAUUGUCAGUGGAUUUCUUUGCACAUAGAAAAAAUGCUGUUAAAUGCUGUUAAUGGUACUAUCAUACUUAAUACAUGAUGUACAAGCAGUGUACAGACAUCACUUGUGCUUGAACAAAGAAAUCUUCACGCAGUGUAUAAAGGAUUGUUGUCACAGUGAGAUGAACAAUCAUGUGCCAACCUAAUAUCCUAACCAAAUCCACUGGUUCAGUUUGGGUAAUUCUAUGCAACAUAAAUUAUGUCUGGAUGCAUUUCCUUUUGAUGUAUGCUAUUCAUGAGGGUCUGGAAAUAUAUGUAUAGGUACCUUUUAAAGAUAUUUUAAAGAUAAUUUUAAUUUUACUGAAUAGUCAAAAUCUAUAAAAGUUAUCAAAACUAUAUUGUGUUUUGAUUCUUUUUUUUGACUUGCAGUUAUGACAGAGAACAUGUUGAGCUAAUGCACUUUAGUUUUAUGUUGCUUUAUCAGUGUGUUUGACUUCCUGUCCAAUUUUUUUUAAAUUUUCCUACAUGGAAUACAGUAACAUUUGAAUCUUCCUUGGGUUAAAAAGCAACUCGAUCUAAAAUACCAAAACAAACCCGAGAUGCACUUCAGCCUUGGUGCUCUGCAACUGUAAGGGUCCACUUAUGCUGGCCAAUCAGAUCUCCGAUCUACUGUAUUUUCCCUCUAAUAGUGCUGUGUACUUGGUUUUUUAUUCGAAGCUGUGUCCCCUUUAAAUAAUCAUUGAAAUGAUGUCUUCAUCUAUAUGGCUAAUGUUUUAUCUCUGUUGCUUUAAUGUAAUGUUAACCUGAUUUGCUAUGCUGUAUUCCUGGGAGCAUUCAUCUAAGAUGAGUCUGAUGUAUUAAGUUGUAGUAAACAGUGUGAAUGUGAUUUGAUUAUUUUUAUUAUGUAAAUACAUAAGAUAUUUUCUAUAAAAAGAGGUUUGAAUAUUUAUUUGGUCUGACACUGAGCAUGUGAGUGUGAACUCAAUGUCCUGUCUGUACAGAUGUAUUUGUCUAAGUGAGCAAGUGAUUCAUUUGAUUGGCUAAAGGACAUUAGUCAACUCAUUUCAAUCUUUAAAAUAAAAUCUGUGACAUCUCACAGAAUUAAGACAAUGAAAUAAUAAAAAAAAAACACAAAAAUUCUUUUCAACUUCAGUGGUUGACAAAGAAUUUUUAUGGUUUACACAGAUGUUGCAUGAUUUGCUAGAUGUUUGUUGAUAUUUUUGCCUCUAGAUUCUGUUUAAAAUGAGGGAAAUUGAAAAAAAGAUUACCUUAAGAUGUAUGCUGACUGUAAAAAUGCUUGUAAAAUUAGUCUUGUUUUUCACUACAUGUAAAAAAGAGAGAGAAAUUUAAUGUUAUGGUUUCGUGGUUGUCCACAGGAUGUCAUGAAAUUAUGCAAAUUGUGUUGUA